AGGAGUCAAAUGUGUGAAUCGUAAACACAGGAAGCGCGAUUGAAAAUGUUUUAGCGUGUUAAAAUGUCAUCUCUCGUUACCAGGUCCACAAGUCUUCACCGUGUCCUUCGCUUAGGGACAUGUAUGAACAUAAAGCAGAUGCGUGUGUGUGGGGAUAGAGGAAGAUAUGCCAGCAGUACAUCAGAGGAAAACAGAAGAAUUCCCAAGAUAUACACUAAAACUGGGGAUAAAGGUUUCUCCAGUACCUUCACAGGUGAGAGGAGACCCAAGGAGGAUCAUAUAUUUGAUGCUUUGGGAACAACAGAUGAAUUAUCAUCAGCAAUAGGGUUAGCACGAGAAUUUUGCAUUGACAGCGGCCAUUCAUUCACAGAUCAGCUGGAGAAGGUCCAGUGUGUACUUCAGGAUGUAGGAUCCAAUAUCGCCACUCCUCGCUCAUCAGCAAGAGAGAGUCACAUAACGAAAACAAAGUUCAGCUCUCAGUCUGUGUCUGAACUGGAGAAGUGGAUUGAUUCCUUCACAGAGGAGCUUCCGCCGCUCACCAGCUUCAUACUCCCUUCUGGCGGUAAAAGCAGUGCAGCUCUACAUGUGGCCAGAGCAGUGUGCCGAAGAGCUGAACGCUGUGUCGCUCCUGUUGUCCGUUCAGGUGAGACAGAUCCUGAAGUUGCCAAAUAUCUGAACAGAUUGAGUGACUACUUGUUCACAGUGGCUAGAUAUGCUGCAAUGAAAGACGGUAAUGCAGAAACCAUUUACAAAAGGCAGGAAUAAAGGACGAAGACAGCAAACUUGAAUUUGAACAAUUUGUUUAUGUUUAUUUAUAUGUGCGCAUUUGUGUACGUGUAUUCAAACACUUUAGGGAUCAAUAAUCAUUAAGGCAAUGUCUGUUCUAGAUACUUUACUGAUAAUAGUCCUGUGGAAUUAUUAAAAUAUCAAUUACAUUUUGAUGGA